AUGAUAGAUGCUCUGGUGGUAGUCACCUUCUCCUCCGGGACUCCAACUGAACCGGAGGAUGUCCUCAAACUUGAUGGCAAGAGUAAUUUGGAAGAUAUUGGAGGAGAAGGCGGAGCUACUACUUCUGGUGCCUCAUUGGCCCAGGAGGCCCUGAUUCACCGACCUGGUGAAUCUGUUGAUCCAGAGACCGUAGAGAAUACCGGCCAACAGGAUUUCACUCAGCCAAGGGGCCUUACUUCACCUGGACUCCCAGUAGUUCCAAUUGUUAUAUGCAGCUUCCAAGGACAUGUGCAGCAAGGCUUAGUUCUAGAACUAGGAGAAACUGUUCAGAUCUUGGAAAAAUGUGAAGGUUGGUACAGAGGAAUUUCAAUAAAGAGACCUAGCAUAAAGGGAAUCUUUCCUGUAAAUUACAUUCAUUUGAAAAAGGCUCUUGUCAGUAACAGAGGGCAGUAUGAAACAAUUGUUCCACUUGAAGAUUCUGUUAUUACUGAAGUUACAGCAACUCUCCAGGAAUGGGCUAUCCUCUGGAAGCAGUUAUAUGUGAAACAUAAGAUAGAUCUGUUCUACAAGCUACGCCAUGUGAUGAAUGAACUGAUUGAUCUUCGCAGACAAUUACUUUCUGGUCAUUUGACCCAGGAUCAAGUUCGAGAAGUCAAGAGACAUCUCACUGUACGAUUGGACUGGGGAAAUGAGCAUUUGGGCUUGGAUCUUGUCCCACGAAAGGACUUUGAGAUUGUUGAUUCUGAUCAGAUCAGUGUAUCUGAUCUAUACAAAAUGCAUUUAUCCAGUAGGCACAGUGUGCAACAAAGCAUAUCACAGGUGGAUACGAUGAGGCCACGCCAUGGAGAAGCAUGCCGUCUGCCAGUGCCACACCAUUUUUUUCUCAGUUUAAAGAGUUUCACAUACAAUACUAUUGGAGAGGAUGCAGAUGUGUUCUUUUUUUUAUAUGAUGUUCGAGAAGGGAAGCAGAUCAGUGAAAGAUUUCUGGUAAGGUUGAACAAGAAUGGGGGGGCCAAGAAUCCAGAGAAGAUUGAUAGGAUGUGUACACUUUUUACGGACCUUGGCAGCAAAGAUAUGAAGAAAGAUUUGUACAUAGUUGCCCAUGUAAUCCGAAUAGGACGUAUGUUGUUAAAUGACUCGAGAAAGGGUCCAUCUCACCUCUAUUACCGUCGUCCAUAUGGCUGUGCUGUAUUGAGUAUCUUGGAUGUAAUUCCAUCAAUUUCUGAACUGAAAGAAGAAAAGGAUUUUGUUCUCAAAGUUUACACGUGCAACAAUGAGAAUGAAUGGCAUCAGAUCCAUGAAAAUAUAAUUCGCAAGUCGAGCACCAAAUAUACAGCACCCAGUUCAAAUUAUGGACUUAUAAUUUCUCUUCAACUUGUCCGUGGAGAAAUGGAACAAAUUCGAAGAGAAUAUCCUAUUAUCUUUAACAGAGGGGUGUCUAUUACAAGAAAAAUAGGAUUCCCAGAUGUGAUCAUGCCUGGUGAUAUACGGAAUGAUUUGUACCUGACUUUAGAGAAAGGAGACUUUGAGAGAGGUGGAAAAAGUGUUCAAAAAAACAUAGAAGUAACUAUGUAUGUUCUCUAUGCAGAUGGAGAGAUUCUAAAGGACUGCAUUAGCUUAGGCUCGGGAGAAUCAAAUAGAAGUAUGUAUCAUUCGUUUGUUCUCUAUCAUAAUAAUAGCCCUCGCUGGGGAGAAGUCAUCAAACUCCCAAUUCCCAUUGAUAGAUUCCGUGGGUCUCACCUCCGUUUUGAAUUCAGACACUGUUCCACAAAAGAUAAAGGAGAAAAGAAGCUCUUUGGCUUUGCAUUUACACCAUUAAUGAGAGAUGAUGGCACUACUCUAUCUGAUGAUAAUCAUGAGCUUUAUGUUUAUAAGUGUGAUGAAAACAGCACUUUCAAUAACCAUGCACUUUACUUGGGUCUUCCAUGCUGCAAAGAAGAUUAUAAUGGUUGUCCCAACAUCCCUUCAAGCUUGAUUUUUCAGCGCAGCACCAAAGAGUUUUUUUCAAUCUCUACUCAGCUGUCUUCUACCAAACUUACCCAGAAUGUGGACCUGCUUGCUCUUCUGAAAUGGAAAGCAUAUCCAGAUCGUAUAAUGGAUAUUUUAGGAAGACUGCGCCAAGUCAACGGUGAAGAAAUUGUUAAGUUCUUGCAGGACAUUCUGGAUACAUUGUUUGUGAUUCUGGAUGAUAACACAGAAAAAUAUGGACUUCUGGUCUUUCAAUCUUUGGUGUUUAUCAUAAAUCUUUUGCGUGAUAGCAAAUAUUUUCAUUUUCGACCUGUAAUGGACACUUAUAUUCAGAAGCACUUUGCAGGAGCCUUGGCAUAUAAAGAACUCAUCCGCUGUUUGAAAUGGUAUAUGGAUCGAUCAGCUGAACUAGUACGACAGGAUCAUAUUCAAGAAGCAAUGCGGGCAUUGGAAUAUCUUUUCAAGUUUAUUAUUCAGUCUCGGAUCCUUUACUCCAGAGCUACUUGUGGAAUGGAGGAGGAACAAUUUAGAAUCAGCAUCCAAGAACUUUUCCAGUCCAUCAGAUUUGUACUCAGCUUGGACAGUAGAAGCUCUGAGACUCUCAUCUUCACACAGGCUGCUCUAUUGAAUUCUUUCCCUGCAAUUUUUGAUGAGCUACUGCAGAUGUUCACAGUACAGGAAGUAGCAGAGUUUGUGAGAGGAACUCUUGGGAGCAUGCCCAGUACAGUGCAUAUUGGACAAUCUAUGGAUGUGGUUAAAUUGCAGUCUAUAGCUCGUACAGUGGACAGUCGCUUAUUUUCUUUCUCAGAAUCUCGGCGAAUCUUAUUACCUGUGGUCCUUCAUCAUAUUCAUCUUCAUCUGAGACAACAAAAAGAGUUGCUUAUCUGCUCUGGAAUUCUUAGCAGUAUCUUCUCUAUCAUCAAAACUAGCUCCGUGGAGACAGAUGUAAUUGAGGAGGUAGAAAUGAUGGUGGAGAGCCUCCUGGAUGUACUAUUACAAACUCUUCUAACUAUUAUGAGUAAAUCACAAUCUCAGGAGGCGGUAAGAGGGCAGCGUUGUCCACAAUGCACAGCUGAAAUCACUGGGGAAUAUGUAUCCUGUCUUUUAUCUCUACUUCGUCAGAUGUCGGACACUCAUUUUCAACAUCUUCUGGAAAAUUUCCAGAGCAAAGAUGAGCUAAAGGAAUUUCUUCUAAAGAUUUUCUGUGUGUUUCGAAAUCUGAUGAAGAUGAGUGUCUUUCCUCGAGACUGGAUGGUGAUGAGAUUACUCACCAGCAAUGUGAUCGUUACAACAGUGCAGUAUUUGUCUGCAGCACUACAUAAAAAUUUCACAGAAACAGAUUUUGAUUUUAAGGCCUGGAACUCUUAUUUCAGCUUGUCAGUUUUAUUUAUCAACCAACCCAGCCUGCAGCUAGAAACAUUUACUCCAGCUAAGCAGAAAAAGAUUCUGGACAAAUAUGGUGAUAUGCGUGUGAUGAUGGCAUAUGAGCUUUUUAGCAUGUGGCAGAAUCUGGGGGAACAUAAAAUUCACUUUAUUCCUGGAAUGAUCGGUCCUUUUCUGGGUGUCACACUUGUGCCACAGCUAGAGGUCCGCAACAUUAUGAUUCCCAUUUUUCAUGACAUGAUGGACUGGGAACAGCGAAAAAAUGGCAACUUCAAACAGGUGGAGGCAGAAUUGAUUGAUAAGCUAGACAGUUUGGUAUCAGAGGGAAAAGGAGAUGAAAAUUACAGGGAACUCUUCAGUCUGUUAACCCAGCUGUUUGGGCCUUAUCCCAGCCUGCUGGAAAAGAUAGAACAAGAAACUUGGAGGGAGACAGGGGUUUCAUUUGUUACAUCAGUGACUCGUUUGAUGGAGCGCCUCCUUGAUUACAGAGACUGUAUGAAAGGAGAUGAAACAGAGAACAAGAAAGUUGGUUGCACUGUUAACUUGAUGAAUUUUUAUAAAUCUGAAAUUAAUAAGGAGGAAAUGUAUAUCCGCUAUAUACACAAGUUAUGUGACAUGCAUCUGCAGGCUGAAAAUUACACAGAGGCUGCUUUUACAUUGCUUUUGUAUUGUGAGCUACUACAAUGGGAGGACAGGCCUCUUCGGGAAUUCCUCCACUAUCCAUCUCAGACAGAGUGGCAACGUAAAGAAAAUCUUUGUCGGAAGAUUAUCCAUUAUUUUAAUAAAGGCAAGAGCUGGGAAUUUGGAAUCCCAUUAUGCAGAGAGCUGGCUAGUCAGUAUGAAACAUUAUAUGAUUAUCAGAGUCUCAGCUGGAUUCGGAAAAUGGAAGCUAACUAUUAUGACAAUAUAAUGGAACAACAACGGUUGGAACCUGAAUUUUUCAGAGUUGGCUUUUAUGGAAGAAAAUUUCCUUUCUUCCUUCGUAAUAAAGAGUAUGUUUGUCGAGGCCAUGACUAUGAGAGAUUAGAGACCUUCCAACAAAGAAUGCUUAGUGAAUUUCCACAAGCUGUUGCAAUGCAACAUCCAAAUCACCCAGAUGAUAGCAUAUUGCAGUGUGAUGCCCAAUACUUGCAAAUCUAUGCGGUGACUCCAAUACCAGACAAUAUUGAUGUACUACAUAUGGAUCGUGUCCCUGAUCGCAUAAAGAGCUUUUAUCGAGUUAACAACAUCAGGAAAUUUCGCUAUGACAGGCCUUUUCACAAGGGCCCCAAAGACAAGGAAAAUGAAUUUAAGAGCUUGUGGAUUGAACGUACCACUCUAACCCUGACUCACAGUUUACCUGGAAUCUCUCGGUGGUUUGAAGUGGAAAGGCGAGAAUUGGUUGAAGUAAGCCCAUUAGAAAAUGCUAUUCAAGUUGUGGAGAACAAAAAUCAGGAACUAAGGACACUAAUAAGCCAGUACCAACACAAACAAAUGCAUGGGAACAUCAAUCUACUCAGUAUGUGCCUGAAUGGAGUUAUUGAUGCCGCUGUGAAUGGUGGCAUAGCACGAUAUCAGGAGGCCUUUUUUGAUAGGGAUUAUAUCUCUUCUCAUCCUGGAGAUGCAGAAAAAAUCACACAGUUGAAAGAACUGAUGCAUGAACAGGUACAUAUUCUAGGAAUAGGUCUGGCAGUACAUGAGAAGUUUGUACAUCCUGAGAUGCGUCCACUCCAUAAAAAAUUAAUUGACCAAUUUCAAAUGAUGCGAUCUAGUUUGUACCACGAGUUACCCACUCUGGAAAAAUUGAGUCCAGCCUGCUCAGGAACAAGCACACCACGCAGCAAUAUGCUUGUAUCACACAGUCCAAUGAGUCCAGAGAGCAUCAAAGUAAUGCAUCGCCACAGCCCAUUGAAUAUGCUGGGUACAGUCCGACACUCGUCAUCUUCCCUUUCUUCCCAUACAUCAAGUGAAACAGGAAAUAUGGUUAUAUUAACAGACAGUUCUGUUGGAGAAAAUGCAGAGGAUGUGUACCACAUGCAGGCCAGUCCUUCCACCUCAAGCCUGAGCUCUACCCAUUCUGCGCCAUCUCAAAUGAUCAACUCUGCACCUGCUAGUGCAAGAGUGCUGAAGGGUGCUGGAUUGACAACUCUGGAGGCUGAAGCCCUCUAUUUAUCCACAGAACAGAUACAGCCUGGGCGGCAGCAGUGCAAGCUUUCCCACACUGCCCCCACCAAUGUGCCUCAUCUCUGUCCUGGAGGGACCACCUCUAGAGGCUCUCCCUCUCUACCAGAUAAAUACCGCCAUCAUCGAGAAUUAAUGAUGCUACUACCAGCACACCGAGAUCGGCCUAGCAGUGCUAUGUAUCCUGCAGCUAUCAUGGAAAAUGGACAGCAUCCAAAUUUCCAGAGAGCCUUAUUCCAGCAGGUAAUUGGACCAUGCAAACCCUGCAGUGAUCCUAAUCUAUCUGUUGCUGAAAAAGGCCACUAUUUACUACACUUUGAUGCCUUCCAUCAUCAUCUUAAUGACGCUCCCCCAGCACUGCCUGCACGAACACUGCGCAAGUCUCCUCUUCACCCGAUACCUGCAUCCCCCACCAGUCCCCAGUCUGGCCUGGAUGGAAGCAAUUCCACUCUUUCUGGUAGCGCUAGCAGUGGUGUUUCCUCACUAAGUGAAAGUAAUUUUGGCCAUUCAUCUGAGCCCCCUCCUCGAACAGACACCAUGGAUUCUGUCCCGAGCCAGGCGUGGAACACUGAUGAGGACUUAGAGACGCCCUAUCUCCCUGUCAGGUACAGUCUCUCAGAACCUGAUGUUUUAGAAACUCUCAAAACCCAGCCAUGCCGAAGCCACUCCGCUCCAUCUGGAGUCAUUCCUCAGGACACUAUGGACCCUCCAGCUCUACCCCCUAAACCUUAUCAUUCCCGUCACUCAAAUGAAGAAGGAAUGAUUCUGGAAGAGGAUGAAAAAUAUCGAGCAAUGCAUCGCAAAAUUGCCCAACCAGCUAUUGGUGCAAAAGAGGAGCAGUCAAGGGUGGCAUGGGAGCAUGGCAUCAGUGAGCAGUAGGCAAGAUUUUCAGAGUAUAGUUUGUAUGAUCAUUCCAGGUUUUAGAACCAGAACAGUGUGUGAAAAAGCAGAGAAGUUGAUUAUUUUUCUUUUGCUCUGUGAGAUUGACUGGAAUCAGAGACUGAGCCAGCAUGUAAAAAACUGCUGCUUUUCUUUUUAUUUAAUUUUAUACUUUCCAGGUUUUUAGUGUUUGGGAUUUGUUCUUUUUCCCACACUGGAUGCGACAUUCCUUCUACAAUUUCAGAUAACAGGAAGAAUUGAAUGACACAAGGGGAAGCGGCAUGGGAUUUUUACAAGCUUUCCUCUUGGUUUGAAGAUGUGCACAAAUCGAAGCAGUUCCUCUAGGAAUGUGUUCAUUUGUUGUGUUAAAUGGAUUUGGAGAUUCCAUGAAAUGUCAAGCCAGAAGGUGCAGUUUAAAGUUUUAAGUACAGUGAAUUCUGCUUUUGAAGAUAACUGGAUCCUUCAGGCUUCAGGCAUAUGAACUCUUUUGUGGUGAUCUCCUUGCACUGCCUCAGGAAUGCUGAAGCAAUCUGACUUACGUUCGCUUGCUAUUGCUUAUUUUACAUAUUUCCUAGUUUGCUAGACUUUUUAAUUCAUUUUUUUUUUCUCAUCAUGGUGUAUUCAAACAACCUGUAGCCCAUUUUUGGCCAGCUGUGCCUAAAGAAGCUUUUGGCCCCAGCAUUCUUUUUUUCUUAAAAAAUGGUGUUGCCAAAAGCCAAUUCAGGAUUGGCAAAGGAAUAACUAUGAAUCAGCAGCUGGAAAUCUGGUUUAGAAUAAAAUAAAAGGAAGAUCUGAGUGCAUACUUGAGGUUUGCCUCCAACGUCUUAUAUCAUGUUUUCGAAAGACUUUCAGAUCACCAAAAAAAUAAAAACCCUGUUCCAGUGGGUAAAGGUAGAGGUAUUAAAAUUGUGACUAAUUGAAAGACAUUGACAUACAGAGAAAGGAGCUACUUAAUUUGUAUUCAAGAACUAGUUCUGCCAAUUAAUUUAACAUGUUGCCAUUAUACAUUUUCACCAAAGGAAUCAUGAAACAUCGUGCCAUAUAUUAUGCAGUAGUUGAUAGCGUAACUAAACUUGGAAAAGUGUAUGAAAAUAUAUGAAAGGAAUACACACAUUAAGCAAUAUGGCAAACUUAUAAUGCAAAAUAGUUUUAUAUUGAUAACUGAAGAAUUUUAAUCAAUGCUUCAUUUUCUUACAAUUCAUUCCAGGUUCUUAAAAUGGAAAAUAUAAAGGGAAAAGCUUUAAGAUCCAGAUUCUUUUUUGUUUUUUGCCCAGUCUUUGGAAAGAUAAACAUUUAAUUUAUUUGUACAUUUUUCACAAGCACAUUGUGAAAAAUGUAUAAAUUGAUGGAUAUACCACAAAAGUAUGAACUAAAUUAUGAAUCACUUAAUACUUUAGGAUCCUAUUCACUAUAAUGGAUUUACUGUGUUUCUCCCACAAAAGUCAAUUAAGAUGUCUAUCCAUUAAUAGAACAUGCAACAUUGGUAGAAUGGAUUCUCCUUCUUGUGCCCUUUAUACUCGCAAAAUGUACUCUUCUUUGAAGCAGACUUGAGGAGUAUAAAAGUG